AUGGGUGACACUGUUCUGGAUGAUAUGGGCGACUAUGAAGGUGCUUUGGCAAAGUAUGAGGAAGCUCUUGCCAUUCAAUUGUCAGCAUUGGGCAAGAAUCAUCCUGAUGUGGCAACCACAUACAGCGGUAUUGGUUCUGCCCUGCAUAAAAUGGGCAACAAUGAAGAUGCUUUGGCAAAGUAUGAAGAAACUCUUUCCAUUGAUUUGUCAGCAUUGGGCAAGCAUCAUCCUGUUGUGGCAACCACCUACCGCAACAUUGCGCUUGUUCUGCAUGAGAUGGAUGACUAUUCUGGAGCGUUGUUGAAGUUUCAAGAAUCCUUGUCCAUUAUUCAACCUAUGUUUGGACUUGAGCAUCCUGAUGUGAAGGAUUGCCUGAAAUGGAUCGAAGACUCCAAGAAAAAAGAGCAGAAGUAGUCAAUUUUGCUGGAGCUUCCACAUGGGAACAGUUUGGAUUGAGAAUUGGUUCGCUAGCUAGCAAGUAGGACUGAAGUUGUUUAGAGUAGAAAAUAUCAGGAUAUUGGGAAUCUAUUAGCUAGCUAGAGUAGUACAAUCAGGAGUUUACACAGUCCCACAACUGAACAUCUGUAUUGAAACAAUCAGUGACCCCAGAAUAAAAUUGCUCUACAGUUUUU